AGAAGAGAGAGGCAAUCUCAUUUUCUUUAUUCCUCUUUAAUUAAUUUCUCUCCUAUUUCUCAUCAAACUGAUAAAGCUGCGGCUGAAAGAUAAACAAGAAAUUCUUUUAUUAAUCAGCCAAUAAUCAGCCAUAGUUUGGACUGCGUAUAGUUAGCAAGUCAGGAUUAAGGGAGAAAACGGCAACCUCUGUAGGGGUGUUUGCCUGAUUAUGGUGUAUUUUCUGCCUCUAUGUUAUAGCGAGAACAGGUGUAAAAUUGAAGCAUUAUAAGCAUUCUGAGGCUAAGGUUAAGCUGUUUGUUUGAAUUAAGAAAAUGAAGAACAUCUUUUCAGUAUUAGUAUUGUGAGUGUCCAGACCAGUUUAAACGCACCUCUACUAAUUUUGCUUACGCUUAGCAUUAAAAUAAGAAGAACUCAACUAGGGUGAUGGCAGCUGCAAAGCUGCAUUUGUCUGUUCGUCCUAUUUGUCGUGCUUUUUCCUCUUCAGCAAGAAUGCUUGAAGAAACCAUUAAAGCAGUGGUGGAAGCAAAAAGAUAUGAACAGAUUCCUGAUAUUUUGAGCUCCUCUAAAGGGUCUAACCACAAUCCGAAUCCCUUUUCAUUUUUAUCCACCUUUUCUGAGAACACACGAGUCCAAAUUGUUGACGAAAUUUUACAAUCUUUUAUUCCAGUCAGGCCUCGUUCUCGCCCUCGAAUUGCAUAUUCCUCUCUCCUUUCCUACACUCUCCAAAGCUCAAAUCCUCUCCCAAUCGCUCUUGCCAUUCUUCAGCGUACCCUUCGCUCUGGCUGCCUUCCUGUACCUCAAACUCACCUCCUACUCUCCACUGCAUGGCUUGAACGUCGGGUAAAAUCUCAUUCUGUUUCAAGCAUAUUAUUGGAAAUGCAGGAUAUUGGAUAUAACCCUGAUUGUGGCACAUGCAAUUACAUCAUUUCGUCGCUUUGCAAGGUCGAUCAGAUAGAUGAAGCAGUUAAUGUAUUGAAGGGCAUGGCCCGGGCUGGUUGUAUCCCGGAUUUGGAUAGUUACGGUACUUUAAUUGACAACUUAUCCGAGCUAAGAAUGACGCCUGCUAUCAUAGAGAUGGUGAAUGAAAUGGUUGUGAGGUUUGGCUUGAGCCCGAGAAAAGACACUUUGGUGAAAGCAUUGGCAGCAAUACAAGCUAACAAAGAGAUAUGGAGAGCGAUUGAAGUAAUUGAGUUCUUACAAAAUGAGGGUGUCCAUGUUGGGUUCGAGUGCUAUGAGUUAGUCCUUGAAGGGUGCUUAGAGAACCGCCAGUUUGUUUUGGCUGGAAAAUUUGUGAUAGAAAUGACCAAGAGAGGGUUCAUACCGUACAUAAGGUCAAGGCAAAAGGUUGUUGAAGGCCUGGCAAAUAUUGGUGAAUGGGAACUUGCCAAUGCUGUGAGGCAGAGAUUUGCAGAACUAAGGUCAUAGUUUUGUGCAUACAUGUGAAACAAUAAGCUUUAUAAAAAAGGGUAGUCCGGUGCACUAAGCUCCCGGUAUGCGCGGGAUCCAGGGAAGGGUCGGAUCACAUGAGUCUAUUGUACGCAGCAUUACCCUGCAUUUCUGCAAGAGGCUGUUUCCAGGUCUCGAACCCGAACAAUAAGCUUUAUAGAAAGGCAAAAAGAAUCUGUGUUGGUGGGGAUAGCAGAUACUAGGUGGAAUAAUCGAGGUGCACUCAAGCUUCCAGGCACCACCAUUAUAUGUAAUAAAAGAAAUGGAUCUAGAUCAUUUUCCAGAUUGAAGGAGCAUGUGGUUAUACUAGUAUGACUGUGAUUUCAGAACCCCUAUUGGGAGUCUUCUCACAACCCAUGUACGGUAUAUCACUUUUUUGUUUAUUGAUUAGUUUAUGAAACUCAGAGUUUUAUGCAUUUUCAUAUGCUUUAAAGGUGAUAGCACUUUCUGCCUCUGUGGGAGUAUCA